GAGGAGCGUUUUUACAACCCCUCAUUUUUCAUGCUUACACAUUUAAUUUAUACAAAAUAUAUAACAUGAAGUGAGUGAAGAGUUUGGAAUUGUGACAUCAAAAAAAAAAUUGUAAAAUUUUCUACAAUAUGGCCUCUCAUAUUCAUGAUGAUGAUCAUACAAGUACUACUAAUUCUUCUUCAUAUUCUACUCCAAAACUUUCUUUAUCUAAACUUCCAAACAAAUCAAUUAGAAACAACAUUAAUAAUAACAACAAUCAUGUACUAGCUAGUAGUACUACAUAUGCAACUCCACCACUUCAUCCAACACUUACUAUUCCAUUUCAAUGGGAAGAAGCACCAGGAAAACCAAAAGUUACAAAGUCCAAAACAGCAAGGUGUCUAGACUUGCCACCAAGGUUAACAUUGUUGUUGAAUGAAGAAGGUAAAAUUACUAAUACGCCCUCCCCAACGACCGUGCUGGACGGUCCUUGUAACGUGGGGAGGUGUUUUUCGUCGAUUGACGAAGCAUCUCUUGAGAAGAAAGAAGAGAUUAGGAGUGGUAAUAAUAAGGAGAAUAUUAUGAUGGGAUCAUGGAGAUGGGAAAACUUGAAGGAGAAUAAUGAUAAUAAUAGAGGAGUUGUUGACAAGGGUAGUUUCGACUUUUCAGGUCCUCUUAAUUGUUCUACUUCAAGUGCUUAUGAUUUUGAUACACAUCAAAAGAAAUUCUUAAGGUUUACAAGGAAAGGAAGCUUCUUCAAUUUCUCUCGUAACAAUUCUAAUCUCUUGGGAGGAAUUUACGAAAGCUUUAAGCAAGUGGUUCCAUGGAGAUGGAGACGGCCAAAAAACAAAAGAGCUAUAUGAGCUAUAUAUUAUAUGAAUAUAAGGAAAAAAAUUAUCCUAUAGUUAUUUCUCACUUUUAAUUAACAUGGAUUAAUUAUAAAUUGAGUCAAUUAUCUAUAAUGACUUUAUUAUUAUGUACUUGGUUAAUUAUAAUUAGUUCAUGGAAUUACUAAUCUGUAUUUAGGUGCAAUGUACUUGGAACUUGAUUAUGUAUAUAUAGGUUGUAUACGCCAUGUGAACUUAUCUA